UAGUGGAGGUCUUUUAUAGGUCCAUGCGAUUGCUGGCAAUCAACUUGAGCUCAAGUUGAUUGCUGUCAGUGUGUGUAUUCAGGUUAUUUGCGGCGCAAAUCGUUACCUGGACGGUACAUGAGAUGGUACUUCAGAGGGUACUCUGCUACCCGAAGAUUCAGGAGCUUGACGUUAAUCUUCAGGUCCUCAGGGUUGUGGUCUCUGAAGAGAAGGCGUCUGCGGUGAUGCAGCGCAAGGGUGGGUUGAAAGCUUGAGAGUGUGUGUGCCACACGCACCAUUGGACAGACCCUUCAUCGUAGUUCAGUAAAGCUGCGCACGGGAAGUCCAUCGUCAUCGAAGUUCUUAGAAGACCUCAUUGAUCCAGGAUUCUGGUCGCUUACGUGAAGGCGAUUGAAAAUUGCAGUUCGCAGGAUGGAGUUUGGCCGGAUACAUGCUGCCGAUAGUCUUAUGACAGAUGCAUUCAAAACAUAGUGGGUUUGCUUUCACGAGUGAGAUCAGCUUUAAGUUCUUGUGACGGUUUGGAGCUGGGGGUGUAGAUUGCAAGGUGCUGAAGCAGCCGGGAAAACAAUAACAAUGGAAUUGUUUCGUUGCAUGAGGCUUUGCCUCUGCCUGGCCCUUGCAGCCAGUUGCUUUCACUCAAGUUGGUUUCUCGCUGCGGGGGAACCGGUUAAUUUUGAUGAUUUAAGGGCUCUGCAAGCUCUGAAGAUGGCUUGGGGUGGAGGCACGGAUAUGUGGGUCGGCCCAGAUCCUUGCGUCGAUAGAUGGGAGGGUGUUAUUUGUAAAGGCAAUCGAGUGAUAUCCUUGUAUUUGGUGAGCAGAGACCUGAAUGGAAUUAUUCCUCCGGAAAUUGGCGGCCUGUCAGCUCUUCAGAAUCUGGAUAUUUCAUUCAACGAUAAUUUGAGAGGAGCUCUACCUGACGAACUAGGCUCACUAACCAACCUAUUCUAUCUGAGUUUACAGAAGUGCAGUUUCAAAGGAGAAAUCCCCUCCUCAUUGGGGAAGCUGGUGAACUUGACCUUCCUCGCUCUAAAUAACAAUAUGCUAGAAGGAUCUAUUCCACCUUCUCUUGGUGCGCUUACGCAUUUGAAGUGGUUUGACGUCGCUUACAACCGACUAUCGGGACCUUUGCCUGUCUCAACUAACAAUCGCGAGAGAAUGGGACUUGAUACCUGGCCAGUCAUUGAACACUACCAUUUGAAUGACAACCUUUUCUCUGGUCCCAUUCCACCUGAACUUGGGAAGGCCCCAAAAUGUAUACACAUGCUCCUGGAAGUCAAUAAAUUCACUGGACCGAUUCCAGGAACUUUUGGAAAUCUUUCCGCCCUUGAGAUCCUGAAUGUUCACUACAAUGAGCUGACCGGUCCAAUUCCCUCUUCACUGAACAAGAUCAUCACAAAUGGCACCAGAGGGUUGCUUCAAAUCCGUGUGUCCAACAAUCGGCUGACUGGGACUGUGCCAGUUUUCAGUGCUCUCACCAAGCUUGAGUAUGUUGAUUUCAGCAACAACAGUUUCGAUUCACAGAUUUUUCCAUCAUGGUUGAAUGCGUCCGCCAGUCGCAUACAAACAAUACGAUUUGAACAUGCGAAUCUGACUGGGCCACUGCCUGCUGAUAUUCUAGCCUACCCGGCACUUCAGGGACUGUACCUUAAAAAUAACUCAAUAGACGGGGCCCUUACGAUUCCAGUGACUGUGGGGCGGAAGUUACGAUAUGUCGCUCUCCAGAACAACAAAAUCGUAACCAUAUUAGCAACUGAUCGAACUGCAGCAAAAAAUGUCGAAAUUUUGUUGCAAGGUAAUCCAUUGUGCACAGACCCCAAUAGUAUUGUAAAGCCAGAUCCUAAGUUGUGUAACGCAACUCAGCCUGCGAUGGAAAAGCAAUGGGUUUCCCCUCUGCUCAACGUGAACAAUUGCGGGAACCAGUUUUGUGACCCCGGGUUGGUUUUGAACCCCUUGCAGUGUCGUUGUAGCAGACCUCUUGUGGUAACGCUUGAGGUCCGAGCGCCCACCUUCACACAUAUCAAUGACUUGUCUUUGUGGGACUCUCUCUUGAAUCAAACAUUGACGUCGCUGAAGAAUCUCACCCAACAUGAGAACCCUCCAUUGCAAUUCGAAGAUGAGCAGCUCUGGAUCCACGAUGCGUCCUUCAAUGGCUCUCUUUUGAGGGUUGAGGUUAAUAUGUACUUCUUUCCUCUGGUUGGUGAAUCCAUGGAUCGUGUUACUGCGGAUUUUAUCACGAGAAGCUUUACUCUUCAGAAAGUGAAGUAUUACCCUCCUUUCAAGCCGGAACUCGUCAAAGCUAUCCAAAAUUCUGAAGAACCACUUUCGACAGCCUCUUCGGGUCUCUCGAGAAUAGCCAUUAUUGGCAUUGCCGUAGGAGCUGCCUCUUUGUUGCUGCUCGUUGGGUUUUUGGUCUCCUUAGCUUGCGUAAUGAAAGGCAGAGUCAAGAAAGAACGGGAGUUGAAUCCUUUUGGUAAAUGGGAUAAUAUGAAAGGUGGCGCGGUACCCAGGUUGAAAGGAGCCAACUACUUUAGCUUUGAUGACAUGAAGAGACUGACAAAUAAUUUCAGUGAGGACAACCUCCUCGGUGAAGGAGGGUAUGGCAAGGUAUACAAGGGUAUUCAGGCAGGCACAGGGGCCAUGGUUGCUGUGAAAAGGGCACAAGAAGGUUCCAAACAAGGUGCCACUGAAUUCAAGAAUGAGAUAGAGCUACUAUCACGGGCUCAUCACUGUAACCUGGUGGGGCUUGUGGGGUUCUGCUGCGAGAAGGAAGAGCAAAUGCUUGUGUAUGAGUACAUGCCCAAUGGUACAUUGACCGAAGCGCUUCGUGGCCGGAAAGCGGGUAUUGAACCUUUAGACUGGGACAGAAGACUUCUGAUAGCACUGGGUGCAGCCCGAGGUUUGGCCUACUUGCACGACAACGCAGAUCCGCCAAUCCUUCACAGAGACGUCAAGUCGCCCAACAUUCUGCUCGACAAGAAACUUAAUGCGAAGGUCGCCGAUUUCGGACUCUCCGUUUUGGUGCCGAAUGAGGGAACUUAUUCAUUCAAGCCAACCAUCAAGGGAACCAUGGGCUAUCUGGAUCCGGAGUACUACAUGACCAGCGUGAUGUCCCCCAAAAGCGACGUCUACAGCUUCGGCGUCGUCCUGCUGGAGAUCUUAACGGGCAAACCCCCGGUCUCAAGCGGCGGCCACAUCGUCCGGGAGGUACGCAGCCAGAUCGACAGAUCAGGCAUGGAGGGAGUGAGGGAGAUGCUAGACCCAGCCCUGGCGGACACGCCCCAGGAUGAGCUAGAGACAUUCCUAACCAUCGCCUUGUCAUGCGUGGAAGACACAUCCUUGGAACGACCUUCAAUGCACGAGGUGAUGCAGAAGCUGGAGGUUCUAGUGGGUCCGAAGGCGCAGAUCAUGCCCGGCGGGGGAAAGUCCACGGAUCUACCGAAGGGAUACGAUCCCGGUCGCCGUGCGCCGCCACUGUCGGUCACCGACGUCUUCUCCGAUGAUUUCGAGCCUGCUUCGGGACAGUUCUCGCAGGGGUCCACGUCCUCGCAGCGCUCGGGGUUCAAUUACAGUGGCGGCUUUGCGCCUUUCCCCGUGCAACCGAAGUGAUCUGUUCUACAGCCUUCAGUUUUGCCGACGACGACAACGAUGACGAUGCCGCGAUAUUGUUGCACAACGCGCUGGAACGGCGCUCAUCUAGAUUCUCGCAUCUCCACUGCGCCGAACUGUCUCAGGUCUACGCAUAGAAAUACGAGAAUCAAUAGACAGUUUAGAAAAAAACGCGAAAAAGAAACAAAAAAAAAAGGCUCUGAAGGUAGUGCGACCAUUGUGCCUAGUGAAAGCAAACUAGUUUCAACGAUAAGAAACCGAAAAACAGUUGUUCUGUUAGCAUUUCUGAUAUUAGCUACUAUAAAGUUGGUUAAAAUUGUUGACUCGUUAAACAACCAUGAAAUUAUAAAGUAAGUCAACUUGUAAACUUCAGUAGGAAUGAUGUCAUCCUGCUCAGAAGUAUUUUUUGAGAACUAAUUAAAUUUUAGUAUAUAGCAAGAAAUAUAUAUAUAUAUAUAUAUAUGUAUAUAUUCACAUUAUAAACCGUUUUGGUUUCAUAACUACAUAUGGAAUAAAGAGAAUAUUUUGGAAA